GAUCAUCCUCUGUUUCUAUAGUUAAUGGAGCCAUCUACAGUUUUACUAUUACACUAACAUUUUCAUCAUGCGUAAACAAAAUGAUAAUUAUCUUUGUUAAAAUAGUACAAGAGUUUUCAUGAUUCUUGAAGACAGUCGUGUGUCAAAGUUGUUCUGUUUACUGUCAAUGUAUAUACAUAUACUGAUAUCUGGAUGAAAAGAGAUGGAUGACUACGAUACAUAAUUGCAAAGAAUAUCAGCUACGAAACAAUAAACACAAUUUUCCUCAAAUUUUUAAAUAUACUUUUAUGCGUAGUUUGAGCAUAACCAAUAUGUCAGACGUUAAAAGUCUUGAAUACCCCACGUUAAAAGUUCCUUAUGAACUUUUGAAUAAGAAGUUUCGUUUAGCUCAAAAAGUCAUAGAUCGAGAAGCUUCAUAUGUUCAAGCAGCAGCAAAUGAAUUAAUGAAAGAUAAUAAAACUUCUGUCCCUGCUGGAGAAAUGAGUAUAUUAUUGGGAGGAGUUGUAGAGAAACUUCAAAAUUUAAAAAGAAAGGCACAAGAAUCUAUUGCAGAAGAAUUGCAAGCAGGAAUGGUUUGCAAAAGACGGUUAGAACAUUUAAAAGAACAUGCUAAUACUGCUCCAAGUGUUGUAAAUCAGUGGCGGCGACAGAGACUUGAUAGAAUGUUAAUAGAAUAUUUCCUUCGUAAGGGCUAUUAUAAAACUGCAACUAAAUUAGCUGACAGCAGUGAACUUAGAGAUUUAACAAAUAUAGAUGUUUUUAUGGUAUCCAGAGAAGUUGAAACAUCUUUAGCAAAUCAUGAAACUGCAAGAUGUGUUGGAUGGUGCUAUGACAAUCGAUCUAAGUUAAGAAAAUUAGGAAGUACUAUGGAAUUUAAUUUACGUGUACAAGAGUUUGUAGAGUUAGUAAGACAAGAUAGGAGGCUAGAUGCUGUUAAGCAUGCCAGAAGGUGUUUUACAAAUUAUGAUGAUUACCAGUUACAAGAAAUUCAGUGCUGUAUGGGACAGUUAGCAUUUCCAGCCAAUACAUCUCUCAGUCCAUAUAAGGAUUUAUUAGAUGAAAAGAGGUGGGAUAGAUUAAUCGAACAAUUUAGACAUGAAAAUUAUAGACUUUUCCAGUUGGCAAGUCAAAGUGUUUUUACAGUAGCACUACAAGCAGGUUUAUCUGCAUUAAAAACACCUCAGUGUUAUAGUGCAAACAAAGAAGGCAGAAAUCCAAACUGUCCAGUGUGUAAUGAAGCUCUUAAUGAAUUGGCAGUUCCAUUGCCUUUUGCUCAUUGUUCACAGUCUAGACUUGUUUGCAGUAUUAGUGGUAAACCAUUAAAUGAGUAUAAUCAACCAAUGAUGAUGCCAAAUGGAUAUGUAUAUGGAGAACAAGCACUAGAAAAAAUGGCUCAGGAAAACAAUGGUACUGUAGUUUGUCCAAAAACCAAAGAAGUAUUUCCAUAUAAAAAAAUAGAAAAAGUGUAUGUUAUGUAAAAUUUGCUGACUCAGGCACAACUUGUACUAUGUAUAGUGCAUCUUUCUCGUACUCUAACUCGGAAUAUUUACUGUUUAAUAUUGUAUACCGAUAUUAACAAAAGAAAUAACAUCUAUUUUUAAGGAAGUAUUUUUUGCAAAUUUUAUUUGUGAUCACUUGCUAGAAUAAAAUGUGAUACAAACAAAUUUAUGUGUAUGUUGUGGAAAACGUUCUAGUUUUUCGACAUAAAAUUAUAUAAAAUAUUAUACUAAUGCAAUUUAGUUAUUAAAUAUGAAAUCAGACUUGUCCUUACUCAUUUAUUUAACAUCAUUUUCUACAAUAAAUUGAACGAUCAAAACAAUUCCAUAAAUCUACGUCUUAAAACGUAUUUGUAACCAUGAACUUUGUAAGUAUAUUACAGUCAUUUUAUAUUUAUAUUUUGCAUGCCUAAACAUUUCAACGUGGUAGUGGUCAAAUUUGUAACAUUAAUGUAAUAUAAUUGCUGUAGUAGUUGUAUUGUGUGAUACUAUUCUUAUGUAAAAACAGAUGUACCACCAUUUCCAUUUGUUCAAGUCAAUAAUUUCAGUGUAUGAAUUUUACUGAAAUAAUCCUAAUCUAUGUAAUGAUAUGCAUCAAGCAAUUUUUUAGAUGAAACAUGUCCACGAGUGAAUCAAUAUAAAAAUAUUCUUUCUAUGCUCUAUCAGCUUUAAGUUCAAUGACUUCAUUAUUCAUUGGUUUCAUUGAAUUUCAUUUAUAAUUUAUUGUCUGGAUUACUUUAUGCGGAGGAUUGUCCUUCUAGGAAUUCGGAUUCUAUGUUUUAGAAUAAAAUUUAUGGUCAACUUGGGGUACAACAUUUGAGGUAAUUUAAGGUAUUUUUUAUCAGCAAAAAUUUCUUUAAAUUUAUCAAUAUAUCACUAUACGAUAAUCAAUUUAGCUGAGCAUAAUUCGAAAGUGUGUAAUAGUUUCUUCAGUUAUAGUUAGAUGCAAAUCGAUGAAAAAUGACAAACAGUAUUAUAAAUAGUAGAGAUUACAAGUUAAUGUAUAAUGUAUAUAAUAAAACUGCAAAUUUUUAAUCAUCACAUGUUAAAAACAUGUGGAAGCACUUAGACGGUAUUUACAAAUUUUAUCGAAACAACAAAAUUCCAUACUUAAUGAUGCAUACUUUUCCCUGCUUGUUUUUAUACUGAAAAAAUGUCAUACAUGUUUAUAUAUAUGUAUAUAUGGUAGUACAUAGCAAAAUUUAUUAAAAGUAUGUAUGUUCAAAUUGAUCUUUAGAUUAAUUAUUAUCUAAAUAGAAAUUCGUAAUAACCGUUAAUAUACAAAUAAAAUAGUAUACAUCAUUUACAACCUAUUUAAAAAUUAAAUUUUUGUUGUUCACUGAACGUAAAAUACAUCGUAUUUUACAGAUUCCAGACGAAGUUUUAGAAUAUAUAUAUAUGCAAACGUAUACAAUAUUCUUCAUAAAUAUACAGAAAAUAUUUAGAGAGAUUCUUAUUGAGCUUGUUAUUUUAUACAGUGUAAUACUAUUAUAGUACUUUGUUAUUACACUGCUUUAGUUUCUUUUAAUGCAUAGUGCAAUAAGUAAAAUAAAAAUACGUAGUAAACAUAUAAUACUAAAUGUUAUAAAAGUGCUUUUAAAUGCAAAAAAGUGUAACAAUUACAAAAGUGUGUAAGGUAAUACUUCUCAUUACUGAAAUAAAGAUGUUAUUGUCUUGAUCUAUAUUGAGCCUAGUGCUGAUCAGAUCAAUUUGAAAUGUCUCACAAAAUUAUA